AUGGGCGAGCCAACAGACAAGGCAAAUCCAGAAGUUCCCACUACCAUCGUGGCAGAUGGAACACCCGUCCAGCUCGAAGCCACCGGGGAUACAGACCAAGGCCUCCGCGCCUGGACAGUUGUCGUGGGCGCCUGGUGCGUCAAUCUAUGUGGUUUUGGCUGGGUCAACGCCAUUGGGGUAUUUCAAGAGUACUAUCAGUCCCACCAGCUGCAGUCCUACUCUACCUCCAGCAUCUCUUGGAUUCUAUCCUUACAGCCGUUCGUGCUCUUUGCCGCCGGUCUCAUUAUCGGAAGGAUAUUCGACAACUAUGGGCCAAAACUGCUUCUCCUCAUUGGUACGGUGCUACAGGUCCUCGGACUGAUGAUGACCUCCAUCUCAAACGAAUACUACCAGUUCAUUCUUGCUCAGGGCAUAUGUGGUUCCUUGGGCGCCAGUCUCACAUUUUACUCGUCAAUUGCAUCGACAGCAACUUGGUUUGAUAAAAGGCGAGCUCUGGCAUUCGGCCUUGUUUCCAGCGGCUCUUCGUUCGGUGGAGCCAUAUUCCCCAUCAUCCUGUCCCGGCUGUUACCCGGCAUCGGAUUUGGAUGGACUCUCAGGGUAGUUGGAUUUCUGGUUUUCGUGCUACUUGUAAUCGCCAACUUGACUAUACGGUCUAGAGUUGCUCCUGUGCCUCGGCCGGUCAAGUUCCAAGACUACAUCAGUCCAUUCUCGGAGGUACCUUUUGUCUUGCUCACAGUGGGAUCUUGCCUUGGCUUCUUUGCGACUUUUGUACCGAUAAACUACGUCAUCCUGGAAGCUCAGACAAGCGGAGUAGACCCUAAUCUGGCUGGAUACCUGCUUACCAUACUUAAUGCUGCGAGUCUUCCCGGUCGUAUACUACCGGGCUAUCUCGGUGACCUAUGGGGCCGAUUCAAUGUAAUGAUUGGUAUAUGUGGGCUCUCUUCCAUAGCUAUCCUCGCCCUCUGGCUGCCAGGAACGCUCGUGAACCCCGGUUCUGCCGCAAUAUAUAUAGUCUUCUGCCUUUUAUACGGCUUCUUCUCAGGUGCCUUUGUAGGCAUGGUGCCUGCACUCCUCAGCCAAGUCUCCCCUGAUGUGAGCAAGAUUGGAGUUCGCCAGGGUGUGUUAUUCACUUGUGUCAGUGUUGCAACACUCACUGGUAACCCAAUUGCAGGAGCAAUCUUAAACCAGCAGAAUGGGGCAUACUGGAGCCUACAGGUUUUUGCUGGGUUGAUGAUGGCCGGAUGCGUGGUCUCUUACAUCGUCGCAAGAGUUGUUACGGGCGGGUUCUCUCUUAUCAAGGCAGUGUGA